AACCAGACAGACAGAGACUACAGUUAUCUUAUCCCAUGCUAAGAUUUUGUUGGUGACUCAGCGAUGGUGAGUCUAAGAGACUCUGAAGUGAACUCUCAGGUAAGUGAAGGAAGCUACUGAAUCAAAAAUAAGAACCCAAAUAUGAUGCUGCAGUUGCUGCUUCUACAACCUUGACCCCCAAGCUAGAACCAAGAUAACAGAUGGCAACCACAUUCUGCAAUCUUAACACUGGGUUUGGUCUGACAAAACCAAAUGAGUACCACCUGAAGCAGAUAGUCUCCAAAAGGUCUUAUGGAGGCUAUGGAACAUUGUCCUGUUUCUCCUGUAAUGCUAAAAGAGUUUUCCAUAGGGUUUGUAGAAGAGAAUUAGAGGCUAAACAGUGGCAAUAUUGUGGACAGGCCUUUGUCAACAAUAAGGCGGACUAUUCUAACACUAUCCGUGAAGAGAAUAAAGAAGUGGAUAUUUCUAAAGCAACCUUGAUAUGGAGGGCAAUAAAGUUACCAAUAUACUCCGUUGCAUUGGUUCCUCUCACUGUAGGUAGUGCUGCUGCUUAUUUGCAGACAGGCAUGUUUUCAGCUUGGCAUUAUUCUGUUCUUUUGGUUUCCUCGGUUCUUAUCAUCACAUGGCUCAACCUAAGCAACGAUGUUUACGAUUUCGAUACAGGAGCUGAUAAAGAUAAGAAAGAAUCAGUUGUAAAUCUGGUGGGCAGCCGUACAGGCACUCUUGUUGCUGCCUACUUGUUACUUGCUCUUGGCUUCUUGGGGCUUGCUUGGGUAUCUUUUGAGGCAGGAAAUAUGCGUGCAAUAUUAUUACUCGCUUGUGCAAUCAUGUGUGGUUAUAUAUAUCAGUGUCCACCAUUUCGGUUAAGUUACCAAGGAUUGGGAGAGCCGUUGUGCUUUGCAGCAUUUGGUCCAUUCGCUACUACAGCUUUUUAUUUAUUGCAGGGAAGCACAAGGGAAAUGAUCCAUCUUCCCUUUACUGGUUCAAUUCUUUCUGCAUCACUCCUUAUUGGCAUAACAACAGCCUUAAUCCUGUUCUGUAGUCACUUUCAUCAGAUUGAAGGAGACAAGGCUGUAGGAAAAAUGUCCCCUCUGGUUAGGCUUGGCACGAAAAGAGGAUUAGUGGUAGUGAAGUUGGCAAUUAUAGGACUCUAUGUUCUCACUUUCACCUUUGGUCUAAGCAGCGCUCUUCCUUUUACUUGUAUUUUUCUAUGUGCCCUGACCUUGCCAAUUGCAAGACUGGUGGUUAGUUAUGUUGAAGAAAACCACAAUGACAAACAUAAAAUAUUCAUGGCAAAGUAUUACUGUGUGAGGUUGCAUUCUUUAUUUGGAGCUGCAUUGGCUGCUGGACUCGUGUUACCGAGAAUGGUCCCUAAAAUAAAUAUCGCAAGAGAAGGGAGAAGAUUGAGUUUUUGAGUGUGAGGAAAUUAACGAGCACUACAUAUGGCAGAGGCAAUAUCAUCAACCUUAGAUUCAGAAUGGCCCCCAAGCCACGUUCUGCAUUUGAUACUAGAAAAGUUGACAUCAACCUCCGACAAUAUCCGGUUUGGCACAGUUUGCAAGCAUUGGCGAUCCGUAGCUUUGGAUCAGAAGCCGCGGCCCCUCAAAUCAUGUCACAAACAGCUUCCUAUACACAUUGAUUAUCACCGACGCCAAGACAACCGCGACGCCACCGACGGAAUUAGCAACAAGGCUAUUAUGGAUUGAGGAGUCCAAAUUUGGAUUCUUAUUGAAGUUGUUUACUAUAAGUUGUUUAUUGAAUUCCUUGAAUUGGUUAUUAAAAUUCCCUUGUUCUAGAUAAAUUAUUUUAUAGC